AUGAGACUAGUUACUUCCACCCUAAUAUUUCAAUGUAUCCUUACAACCACGUUUUCCCUCAAUAUCCUCCUUACAUCAAUCGAUAAUUGGACGUCGAAAAAUGUGCGAUUUUUACAAUCACAUUUACAACAACAGGGUCAUAAUGUCAUUUUAAUGGCUCCUUUAUAUCAACAAAAUUUGAACCUCCUGAUUCCUAUUAAAUUCACCCCUGGUAUUAAGGACAUUAGAGACGGGGGAGAGUAUGGACAUUUGUUGCCGGUGCACCAAAAGUAUUACUUUAAAAUGAGUAAUGAGAAUCAAAAGAGAGCAAAACAAGUUGUGUUUGAGGAUGAUGUUUUAAAGGAAGAAAUAGUGGAGGAAGAGGAGGAGAAGGAUGUUGUGCUUAAUAAUCAGUAUGGACUGGAUCCAAGUAAUCACAAUGCAUGGUAUAUCAACUGUGAUGCUAUGAAUGCGUUAAACAUUGCCAUGAACCUACUCAUUCCUAAAUUUUACCCUGAUUUUGAAAUUGAUUUAGUUUUAAUUGGACCCAAUGAAGGACUUGAUCAUUCUCAAAUCAUCACAUCAAUGGUCCACCAGGUUAAUACUGAGAAAAUUGAUGCUAUAGCUGUAUCCACUCAAGAUUUUCAUCAAGUUUAUUAUCAAGAUGAAAAAUAUUUCAGAGCCUCCUUUGGUGAUAUUGAUUUCCAAUUGUCGAAACUGAAUGUAUAUACCAAGAAUAUAAAGUUGAUUGAUAGACAUGUGGUUUCAUUAGUGGAUAAUCUUGUUCAACUUGGACGGAAUGACAAUGAAAAUACUGAUGGAGGAGCGUCUGCUACAAUUGGAUUACAUUUACAAUAUCCAAGCAUGAAUUUCCGUAAUGCGUAUUGUCAAACUAGUCCCACUACAGACUUGGAUUACCAAGUGAUGCUUGGCGACAAGAAGAGCAAAAAUAAGCAAAAUGCCGAAAAUGUAACUGUACUUGAUUAUGAAAUGGAGUCCAGUGGUAAAAUUGUUGAAAUUGUUGAGGAGGAUGAGGAAAGCUCAAGAGAUUAUGCUAGUUUUAGAUUCAAAAAUGUUGACGAUGCGGAUAAUGUUCCCAAGAAGAAGAAGAAUCAACGUGAUGCAACUGGUCAUCGCCAAAUUAUAAUUGAUAAAACAACAAAAAGCAUCGAUUAUGUGUUGCUGAAUUGUAAUGUUGCUGUCACAACUAUUGGUUCCUUCAAUUCUAAAAGGUUGAAAAAACUACUUGCUAACUGA